UAACUACCUUUGCAAGCAUUCCUUGAGUCUUGAAGUCCUGGUCCUGAUAAGUCUCCCAGACUUAACUUACCUAAACCUUUUUUCAUAAAAAAAAUAUACUGUCUAUGAUAUUUACUUUUUUUAAAAAAAUUUAUCUCCUGUGCUUGAAAUUCUGGUCUUGCAAGUAUUUUUUUAUUACAGAAAUGUCUUAUUGUAUAGUAUUUUGAUGAUCAAUAGACAGGUAAGCAACUCUGAUUUGAUUCAAUAUUCUAAGCCAAAUUGAUUUUGGAUAUCUAUUCUUUUUUGUUGCCGAGUUUCUCUCUCUUGCAAUCAAUGGUGACAAGCAUCCAGGAAUCUAGUGCUUUUGCUUGCUAAAAUGGAUAAGUUAAGGCCUUAGGCAGAAGAGAAAAGAGUGUGAAACAGUGGGGGGGUUGGUGGUGGUAGGAGGAGAAGAAAGGGAAAAUUAAAAUAGAAGAAAAGAAAGGAAGGAGCAUGUGGGGUUGAUAGAGGAGUGUUUCACUGAAAACCAGGGAGCAUAAUUCAUUAGUUUUCUUUCUAUUCAGUGUAGAGUAAGAGUAGUAGAGUACCCUUUUUUUUCAACCGAAUGUGCAGUGUUACACGUGUAAGCGCCCAUCUUUCAUGGCCCUUUUUUAGAAGAAGAUACCUUUCACAUCUGCUACAUAGAGCUUUGCUGUUUGGUGUGACUGCUGGAGUUAACUUGUCCAUUGGAAUAAUACUUUUUCCCUAGCUGCAGUUUCUGCUUCACUGGCUUGUUUUGCAGCAGUGGCAAGUUUGCAGAGGUGCCAGGGAAUCCGAUCUCACAGGAAUGGGUGAGAAGGAAGUUUCUGUUUUGGAUAGAGUUAGUUGUGACAACAAGAGUGACACCGAAAGCAUGUAUCCCAUGUAUUUUGGUGUUUCUUGUGCAUUCUUUGCACUCCAAGUCCUCACAGAAGAACCACAAGUUGAAGUUGAAAGAUGGUCUAAAAUCCGUGACACAAUGCUUCAAGGGAGUGCUCAGCUCUUGGGGUUGGUUGUGUGGAAGCUUCAGAAGGGAAUGCCAAAUGGGGUGGAGGGAUUGUGCAAGCUCAAAAUUGCUGAGAGAGAAAUUGAGAAUCUGAAAAGAAUGAGGCAUGAGGAUGCCAAGGCCAAUGAGAAAGUUGUGGGGAUCUUUGCAGCACAAGAGCAAAGCUGGUUGAGUGAAAGGAGGAGACUUCGCCAACAAAUUGGGGCUCUACUGAGUGAGCUGAGAGUUUUGGAGAGAAACAAGGAUGCUGCAAUUUCUGAAAUGAAUCAGAAAUUGAAGGAGAUGCAGGCUUUGGUGGAGUCAAGAGACAAUGAGAUUGAAAAGGAGGAGCAGAAGAGGAAGGAGCUAGAAGAGAAGCUGAACAAGGUUGAGAGGGAUGCUGAAGAAAUGAGAGAAUCUGCUCGGCGCGAAGCUCAAGAGCAUUCUUCUGAUCUCAGGAAGCACAAGACUGCUUUCAUUGAGCUUGUGUCAAACCAAAGGCAGCUUGAGGCUGAACUUGGUCGCACGGUGAAGCAAGUGGAAGCUACUAGACAAGAGCUUGCUUUGGCGGCGGAGAACAAGGAGGAGUCGGAUUUGAUGGCGCAAAAAUUGUCUUUGGAGAUCACAAAAUUUCACAAGGAUUUGGAGCAGAAGGAUAAAAUUUUGUCAGCAAUGUUGAGGAAGUCUAAGCUGGACACUGCAGAGAAGCAAAUGCUGUUAAAGGAGGUUAAGUUAUCAAAGGCUAGGAGGAAGCAAGCAGAGCAGGAGACACAACGGUGGAAGGCUGUUUCAGAAGGAAAGCAUGAAAGACAUUCCUUAAAAAGCAUGUUGGUGAAUUUGAGUUCAAGGAUGGAUGUUUUCCCUGGUAGUAGAGGUAUGCAGCAUAGUUUCACUGGGUCCUCACACAUUGCAAAUGAACCAGACCAACUUUCACCCUUUCCUGAUCACUAUUUGCAGCAAAGAAAUGGAGACUUAUCCAUUCCUGCUAAUGCUAAGCGUUUGGAAGAUUGGGUGAGAGCUGAGGCAGAAAGAUAUGCAACCUUGAUUGAACAAAGGCAUCACUUAGAGCUAGAUGCUUUUGCUGAACAAUUGCGACUCAAAGAUGAGAAAUUAGAGGCAUUUCGGUGGCAGUUGUUGAGAACAGAAUUAGAAAUGAAACAGAUGCGGGCACAUGUGGAGGGGCAGGUAAAGGAUGUGACACAGCUUAGACAUGACAAGAUGAGACUGGAGACCUUACUGUUGGAGAGAGAAGAUGAACUGACUUCCCUGAAAGAGCAAUUUGUAUCAAAAUUGAGGCCCUUAAAAAAUAACUCAAAUUUGCCUCCACAAUCAUCAGAACUAGCACAAUAUGCUGUCUGGUCAAGAGUCAAGGUUGUCAAGAGAAAACCAGGUGAAAAAGUGCUAGAAACAAUGGAAACUUUGGUUGAGGAAGAUUGUGAGAAGGAAGUACAGUGUCUGCCCCAUGACCAGCUUAACAGUGCUAAUUUACUAGUUCAAUCUCAAGAAAAUGAGAUUGAAGAAGAAAAGGGUGUUUCUAGGGAGGAUAGUCCUACUCCUAUGCAAAAUCAAAGUCCAAACAAAGUAGAAGCUGAUGCUUCUGAAAAGAUAGCAUCUACCAGCCAGACCCUUAGUACAACAAAACAGUCCCUAUGGAAGAUGGAUCUUCAUGCUCUUGGAAUAUCUUACAAGAUCAAGAGGCUGAAUCAGCAACUUGUUCUUGUUGAAAGGUUAACAGGAAGGCAAGCCAAUGAUGAACAAGCAGAAAUUAAUGAUGAUAGCAAAGUUGGUAUGAAGGCUUAUCUGUCCUUGACAACAUUGCUGAAUAAACAAGUUGGAAGAUAUCAAUCCCUCCAAGAGAAGACUGAUGAUCUUUGCAAACGGAUGCACGAGAAUGACCUCUAUGCAAACCGUGGAGAUGUCAAUGCUGCAAGAGAAAAGGAGAAAACAUCAACACUGGAGCACUUCCUAGAAGAGACAUUUCAGUUGCAAAGAUACAUAGUUGCAACAGGACAAAAACUGAUGGAAAUUCAGUCCAAGAUAGUUUCUGGCUUUGUUGGAGUGGCAGAAGAGAUGGAGAAAGGUUCAGGCAUUGACAUGAACCGGUUUGCCGACAGUAUUAGGAAUCUGUUCCAUGAAGUUCAAAGAGGUCUAGAAGUUAGGACGGCUAGAAUUAUAGGAGACCUUGAGGGAACACUAGCUCGUGAAGGAAUGACAUGUUUGAGAAGGUAGCAACGGAUUCUUGUGGUCUAGAAUGGCCUUCAUGUGUUUAUUUUGUCUAUACUAUAUACUUAUCACUAUAGUUAUUAAUUUGUAUAUUUUUUUUAUCCGUGAAAAUUAAAGAUAAAGUCGGAAGAUUUAUAAUAAUUCAAAUUUUAAUUAA